UCCGAAGAAAUGAGAGGAGCUGUGUAUGUAGCAGUUGCUGCAGCCAUUGGUAACAUGCUGCAGGGAUGGGAUAACUCAGUCAUUGCAGGGUCAGUUCUUUAUAUAAAAAAGGAAUUCAAUUUAGAAAGUAUACCGACAUUUGAAGGGCUUAUUGUAGCAACAUCACUCAUUGGAGCCACACUGAUCACAACAUUUUCUGGACCAGCAUCAGAUUGGCUAGGGCAACGAGCUAUGCUCAUAAUGUCAUCACUGUUUUUCUUUGUUAGUGGUUUGGUAAUGUUGUGGUCUCCAAAUGUUUAUGUUUUACUUUUGGCUAGGCUGUUAAAUGGUUUCGGAACUGGUUUGGCUGUUACUCUUGUUCCUGCAUAUAUAUCUGAGAUAGCUCCACCGGAUAUUAGAGGAAGUCUGAAUACACUUCCACAGUUCACUGGUUCUGGUGGCAUGUUCUUGUCUUAUUGUAUGGUGUUUGGAAUGUCACUGAUGGAUACACCAAACUGGAGAUUGAUGCUAGGUGUAUUGUCCAUUCCAUCGUUAGCUUAUUUUACUUUGACAGUACUUUACCUGCCUGAAUCUCCACGGUGGCUUGUGAGCAAGGGACGAAUCCUCCAGGCAAAACAAGUGCUGCAAAGACUUAAUGGCAGGGAAGAUGUUUCAGGCGAGUUGGCUUUGCUAGUUGAAGGUCUUAACACUGGCGAAGACACAUCAUUUGAAGAGUACAUUAUCAGUCCAGCCAAUGUGCUUAACCAGGCAACAACUGAAGAGAAGUAUCACAUAAGGUUAUAUGGGGGUGAGGUUGGAGUAUCAUAUAUUGCCAAACCAAUUGCUCAACAAAGUUUGACAUCUCGCCAUGGUAGUGCAGUAAACCAAAGCAGCAUCUCUCUUAAGGACCCUCUUGUCACUCUUUUCAACAGUGUCCAUGAGAAGCUCACUGAGAGAGGAGGAAGCAAGGGCAGCAGCAUGCUUCCAUUUUUAGCCAGUGCUUUAGUUAAUGCUGGGGAGCAUCAUAGUAAGCAUUGGGACAUGGAGAGCCAAAGUGAUGUUGAAGACCAUGAGUCUGAAACAUCCGGGGCUUAUGAUGAUGACAGUUUGAGAAGUCCAUUGAUCUCACGUCAAACAACAAGUAUGGACAAGGACAUUGCCAUGCCUAAAUCCAGUGGAAGUGUUUUAGGUGUUAGAGGCAGUACCAUUAUCAAUGCUGGUGAGGCAGGUAGUACUUGUAGUAUAGAUAUUGGUGGUGGUUGGCAGCUUGCUUACAAAUAUGCUGAGCAAGUAAGCGAAGAUGGGCAAAAGGGAGGGGUUCAAAGAGUCUAUUUGCACCAGGAGAGUGUAGUUGGGUCUCAGCCUGCGUCGGUUGUUUCAAUUUCUGGUGUAAGGCAAGAACAUGAAGCAAUUGAGGCUGCUGCUUUGGUUAGUCCAACGAUGAAUCCUCCACCAGAAGUUGUUGUCAAAGGAUCAAUAUGGAGAGAACUUCUGGAACCAGGAGUGAAGCGCGCUUUGGUUGUUGGGAUAGGUCUUCAAGUUCUUGAGCAGGUUGCUGGCAUAAAUGGGGUUCUCUACUAUACUCCUCAGAUUUAUGAGCGAACAGGAGUAACGGUUCUUCUGUCUAACAUAGGACUGAAUUCGGCGUCCGCAUCUCUCUUCUUGAGUGCCAUCACAACAUUCCUCAUGCUUCCUUGCAUAGCUACUUCCAUGUGGCUUAUGGAUAUAGCUGGCAGAAGGUCAUUGCUGCUAUCCACAUUACCAAUACUGAUAGCGGCGCUGGCUUUACUAGUUUUUGGCAGCAUUGUCAACUUAGGCACUAUUUUAGCUGCAACAAUAUCCACUGGUAGUGUAGUGGUCUACCUCUGCUGCUUUGUCAUGGGCUUCGGGGUAAUACCAAACAUUCUUUGUGCAGAGAUCUUCCCUACUCGUGUCCGUGGCCGCUGCAUUGCCAUUUGUGCUCUCACUUAUUGGGUUGGAGACAUCAUCAUCACAUAUUCAUUUCCUGUCAUGCUUUCCUCUAUUGGCUUUGCUGGUGUCUUUGGGAUCUACGUAGUCGGAUGCAUCAUUUCCUGGCUUUUCGUUUACUUGAGGGUGCCUGAAACUAAGGGCAUGCCUUUAGAAGUCAUCUCUGAGUUCUUUGCUGCUGGAGUAAAACCAGCUGCAGAUAACUGA